GACAUUUGUCGCUCAUUGGGAAAAAAUUAAUCGAACACGUCAGCUAGGGUCAUCAAAAAAAUUAAUUUUUACAAAUUAAACCCCAAAAAAUAAUAAAAAUCUAAACAAAAAUCAUUCGAAACUGACGACAACUGAGUAAAUAAACAAUAAUUCAAAAUGGUUCUGAUAGCGGCAGCGGUGUGCACCAAAAACGGAAAAGUGAUUAUCUCACGUCAAUUUGUGGAGAUGACCAAGGCACGCAUUGAGGGUCUGUUGGCUGCGUUUCCCAAGCUGAUGACAGCGGGCAAACAACACACAUACGUGGAAACCGAUUCGGUGCGUUAUGUUUAUCAGCCCAUGGAGAAGUUGUAUAUGCUGUUGAUUACCACCAAGGCCAGUAAUAUUUUGGAAGAUUUGGAAACAUUGCGUCUGUUCUCCAAGGUUAUACCCGAAUACUGUCACACACUGGAGGAGAAGGAGAUAUUGGAAAAUGCUUUCAAUUUAAUCUUUGCAUUUGAUGAAAUUGUUGCCUUAGGCUACAGAGAGAGUGUAAAUUUGGGUCAAAUUAAGACCUAUGUUGAGAUGGACUCGCAUGAAGAGAAAUUGUACCAGGCCGUGAGACAAACACAAGAACGAGAGGCUAAACAAAAGAUGCGUGAAAAGGCAAAGGAGUUGCAACGGCAACGUAUGGAGACAGCCAAGCGAGGAGGACCGAUGGGUGGUGGUAUGGGUGGCCGUUCAAGCGGAGGUUUCAGUGCCGAUGGUUUUGGAGCCAACACAACCAGUAUGGGUAUGGGUGGCAUGGGCAGUGGUGGGCCAUCCAUUGAAAUGGAUAAACCUAUUGCACCAAAACCACAGAAACCAGUUUCACGCAAUGCCUUGAAAUUGGGUGGCAAAACAAAAGACGUUGACAGCUUUGUGGAACAACUCAAUAGUGAGGGUGAAAAAAUUGCCAAACUUACACCAGCCGCCACGGCCGCAAGUUCAGCUGUUGCAGCUGUCAAAGCUAAAAUCAUAUCCGAUGUCCAUAUGGAAAGUAUACAUUUGAAAAUGGAAGAUAAAUUGGUGGUACGCAUUGGUCGUGAUGGUGGUCUACAACAAUUUGAGCUCUCUGGUCUGUUGACGCUACGUAUUUCGGAUGAGAAUAUGGGUCGCAUUAAAGUCGCUCUGGAAAAUAAUGAUGCCCAUGGCAUACAGUUGCAAACACAUCCUAACGUUGAUAAGGAAUUGUUUAAGACACGUUCGAUAAUUGGUUUGAAAAAUCCCGCCAAACCAUUCCCAUUGAAUACAGAUGUGGGUGUAUUGAAAUGGCGUUUUGUGACACAAGAUGAUUCGGCAAUACCGUUGACAAUAAACUGCUGGCCAUCUGAAAAUGGAGAAGGUGGAUGCGAUGUUAACAUUGAAUAUGAAUUGGAAGCUCAACAUUUGGAGUUACAAGAUGUUUCUAUUGUUAUACCAUUGCCUAUGAAUGUCCAACCCCAAGUUGCCGAAUAUGAUGGCACAUACAAUUAUGAUGCACGUAAACAUAUUUUACAAUGGAAUAUUCCUGUCAUUGAUGCUGCCAAUAAAUCGGGAGCCAUGGAAUUCAGUUGUAAUUCAUCCAUACCUGGUGAUUUCUUCCCAGUGCAAGUUUCAUUUGUUUCGAAAACGCCCUAUGCUGCUCUGAAAGCUAAAGAAGUUGUGUUGGUCGACAAUGAUGAACCUGUGAAAUUCUCAACAGAAAAUAUUCUCUAUGCAGAUAAAUACGAAGUUGUUUAAACAAAGUAUGCAAAAAAAGCAAAUUUUUAUAGGAAUAUCUACAAGGAUAAUAAUGCAGCAUAUUAAAUCUCUCCCAGCGUGUUCGAAAUCGUCAUGAUGGGAAUGGUUGAUAAUAUAGGAUAAUUGAUUUAUAUUCUUUUCCCUGGCAUACAUUCGUUUGCUUUGCGUAUCGUUAUUAUAUUUCUUUCCCUCUUUGAAAAGAAUACAAAUCCUGGCAAUGUUUGAUACCAUAAAUUCCAAAACCCUUGCAAAAAAUCAUUUACAUGUAAUUGUCUUCUUCAUUUUCGAGUCUGUGUAUGUUAAAAACAUAGAAUUUUAAGUUUUUCUCGUAUUCGUAUUCCACACCGAGGAGUUUGUUACAACAAUACCAUUCGCAUUAUUCCUCAACUAUAUAAAACUAAUUGAUUUUUUUUAUAUAUACAUAACGCGUUUAUCGUUUACUUUAUUAUACAAUUAUAUACAAAUAAUAAUAAUAAAAAUAUUCCAAACAGAAAAAUGAAAUAAUUUUAUAAAAAUUAAAAAAAAAACAGUAGUUAUUAAACACACACACACAAAUCAUAAAUAAAUGAUAAGAAAAUGAAAAA